AUGUCCGUCGACGCUCAAGAAGGCAGCAGCCUGCAGACGGUCAAGGAUCUCGUUGCCGGUGCUGCUGGCGGCGUGGCCCAGGUCCUCAUCGGCCAGCCGUUUGAUAUUGUAAAGGUCCGUCUGCAGACCACCAGCGCCUAUCCCAACGCCCUCAGUGCCGCCACAGCCAUCUGGAAGACCGAGGGCCCUCUCGCCUUCUACAAGGGUACCCUGACCCCCCUCCUCGGUAUCGGUGCCUGCGUGUCCGUUCAGUUCGGUGCCUUCCACCAGGCGCGCCGGUGGUUCGAGGCCCGCAACCUCGCUGGCCCCGCCAAGAAGGGCGACCUCUCCUACGGUCAAUACUACGCCUCCGGCGCGUUCGCCGGUAUCGCCAACUCGGUGCUCUCGGGCCCUAUCGAGCACGUCCGUAUCCGCCUGCAGACACAACCCCACAGCGCUGCCGAGCGGCUGUACCAUGGUCCCGUGGACUGCGUGAAGAAGCUCGUUUCGCAGGGCGGCGGCGUGGCGCGUGGCCUGUACCGCGGCCAGGUGGUGACGGUGUACCGUGAGGCGCAGGCGUACGGCGUGUGGUUCACGACGUUUGAGUACCUCAUGAACACGGACGCGGCGCGCAACAAGAUCGAGCGCAAGGAUGUGCCGGCAUACAAGGUGGCCUUUUACGGCGGUCUCGCGGGCGAGGCGCUGUGGCUGUCGUCGUAUCCCUUUGACGUGAUCAAGAGCAAGAUGCAGACAGACGCGCUGCGGCCGGCCGACCAGCGCUACAAGAGCCUGCGCGACUGCGUGGCGCAGACGUUCCGGACUGAAGGCGCACGCGGCUUCUGGCGCGGCCUGGCACCGACGCUGCUGCGUGCCAUGCCCGUGAGUGCGGGAACCUUUGCCGUUGUCGAAGCCACGAUGCGGGCGAUCAACUAG